UCAUUCUCUACCGACAUUAAUAAUAAAACAUUAAAACUAAUAUUUAACACUAAUACAAUCAACUAACAAUGUCUGCUAUUUCAAAUUUUUACGCUCGUGCUGGAAACAACGUCCUCGAGAUUAACCCACCUUCUGAUCUUGUUGAUAUUCAUAUCACGAACCAUGGUUCAGAUUGGCUUUGGGCUGCAUUCUCUGUCUUUUCCGUAUUCACUUUAGUUCAUUCAUUUAUCUUCGCUUUCAGCUCUUCAUCCAAUAGAGUCUUGAAAAAGGCUCUUUUUGUUGGACCUUUGAUCACUAAUUUUGUUAUGGCUAUUGUGUAUUUCACCUAUGCUUCAAACUUGGGUAAUGCUGGUGUACCUGUCGAGUUCCAUCAUGUUACAACUUCAAAGGGUCUUGGUGUUCGUCAAAUGUUCUAUGUCAAGUUCAUUGGGUACUUUUUAUGCUGGCCAUUUGUUUUAUACUCCAUUGAGGUAGCCACCCAUACUUUGGAUCUCUCUUCAAAGACUUCCGCAGGAGAAACUAUUUCUGGAUUCAUUUCAAUUAUUUCAGGUUUGUUCAUUAAAGUAUUUGCAACUGAAGUUUUUGUAUUGGGCUUGUUAAUCGGUGUCUUAAUUGAAUCUACUUAUAAAUGGGGUUACUUUACGUUUGGUGCUGCUGGUUUAAUUUUUGCAAUUUCUUUGGUUAUUGGAUCUUUGGUACAUGCAACCCGCUCUAUCAAGACUAGCAAGUUUGCCAUACUUGUCAUUAGUGUGGAAUUAAUUGUCUGGAUUUUAUACCCAGUUGCUUGGGGUUUGUGCGAAGGUGGAAAUGUAAUUCAACCAGAUUCCGAAGCUGUCUUCUACGGUGUACUUGAUUUGAUCACUUUUGCAGUAGUUCCAACAAUUUUAACAUUCUUGAAUGCCUCUGGAUUGGACGAGAACCAUCUCCUUCACUUUCACUUGCGUUCUCAAUAUUCUAAUGAAAAAGUUGCUAAUUCUCCAAGAGAAAGUGGUGAUACUGCAGUUCCUCCAUCUGCCAACCCAAUCGUUGCUGAUAAUGAACCUACUGAGACUGUCUAAUAUAAUACCCUUUUGCUAUUCUAUUCUUUGCUAAUGAAUGUUUCUUUUCUUGAAACCCCUUCCUUAAAUUGAAAUUGUUCAUAUUUUCAGAUCCUAAUACUUUAAUAAAUACAUUGUUUUA